CACUACAACGAAACCUCCCACACCGCUGCACCUAACCUCAACUAUUAACGAUCUAAACGCGGAAAGUGUUAAAUUCUUCCCAUUGGAUUAUCCUGGUGAUUUCUUCAAAACGUAUAUCGAUUCGAGAUUCUACGCCGGCCACAAAUUGGAUUUCAAACAACAAAAUUGUGCCGGCGGCCCGGGUUCUGGUGGUGGAGUCGUCGGCAAUAACAACAAUAGCCAUCCAACAGCGGCGACUUCGGCUCAUUUGUCCGCCUCGGCGUCGGCACCGUUACACGGUUUAGCGGCUCACACGGCGGGCCAUCAAUCCCAUCAUUCCCUGCUAAAUUCACAUCACGCACUACAGCAACACCAGCAGCAGCAACAACAACAGCAACAUCAAACAACACCAUCACCUUCCAUACAAUCUAACUCUGCACCCAAUAAUCCAACAUCUUUAGGUCCCCUAAAUUCCUCGUCCAUUAACACCAACGGUAAUCCAUCCGGAACCGGUACUAGUUCACCAUCAACGGCCGGUAUUCACCCUACUCAGGAUACCCAUUCCUCGUCAUCGGUACCGCCCGUUGCUACCUCGCUCAGUGCUCCCUCCCUACCCCAUAUAGCACCCACUUCACUUGGUCUCAGUCCCCAAUCCUCAGCGGAUUCUCAACAAUUUAACAUCUUUCCUGCCAUUUUUAGUCGCCAGCUGAACUUUUCCGCGGCGGCUGGGGGUUGUGGUCAAAGUAAACUAACCAUGGAUGAACUACGGCCGAAUCUAGUUGGUGGCCUUUUGGGCCUACAACAGGGUCUACUCGAGGAUCAUGCCGCCAGUAUGCAGCACGCUGGCUCUGUACCCCAAGACACCAAGUUUAUGUCAUUUCAAGAUAAUCGCCUCAUGGGCAUUGGUUCCUCACACGAAAAUCGCCUUUUGGGACUUAGCUCGUCGGUGCAAGACAGUCGCUCACCUGCCGCCAUCACCUCCAUGGACAAAAAUCCGCUCAAUCAUCAGCGAAAAUGCAGCAGCACACCCGAGGAUUUUAGUUCAUUGUAUUCGGGAUUACCCACACCUGGUAUUGAUUCGUCGUCGCAUCAUCACACACCCGCUCAUACGCCGCCAACGAGGCUAUCGGAUCAUACGAUAUCUG